AAAUGAAAAGGCGCGGCAUCAACAAAGGGUUUUCAACUCGAGAAGCUAGAGUUGCAUUAGGUAGACCACUACCACUGGAGUGGGAUGUUCGAGGGAAGACUUACAAAGAAAUUGGUGAUUAUUCCCAACAUUUCUCUAGAGAGAUCGGCAUUCUCAUUCGACAAUAUGCCGAUCCCGACUACGACCGAUGGGAUAAAUUACCCAGCGAAGUUAGGGAUUGCAUACUUCCUCGUCUAAAGGAUGAUUUAUUCGACAUUGGUCGAAGUCGAUAUGCCUCAGAGAACCUCCCCAGUAUUCUUUUAGGCAUUCAACGGUCGUGCGCUGAUCGUUACUCGAAGUGGAAGAAUGUCUUGUCCACUCAUUUAAAAAAGAAUGGUCGAGCACAUCCUCCUGAUGGUUUGGGCAUGGAGAAAUGGCAGAAGGCGCUCCAGUAUUUUGAUCGCCCUGAAGUGAAGAGGCGUUCUGAGAUUAACUCUGGGAACCGUGCAAAACAAAAACAGAGAAGCAUGCAGGGCUCGCAGUCUACGCCAGCCCUUCGUUACAAGAAGCGUGAUUUACAAACUGGGUGUCUUGCUGGGGUUCCAGAGAUUUGGAUGGCGACUAAGUACAUAGACGGGGAAGGUUGGGUGAGCAAGGCAGCAAAGGAUAACUAUGAAAAGAUGAUGGAGAUACGUGACACUCUGCAGUCACAAUCAUCUACGAGCGCUUCUGCUUCGAGUACUAUCCCGAGAGAAGAGGAUGACAUUAUUCUUGUUGAGACGAUCUUUGGACGUCGUCGAGGCUAUCAGCCGGGCCUUGGUCGUAGGAUUCGCACGAGGGCGAAUUGUGAAGCGGCUGAUGUACCUCAACCAGCCCAACCACCUCCUACCGCACAAGACAUGCAAGAGGUGAGGGAGCGACUCCGAGCCAUAAAGGAGCACUUGGCUAGGAUUGGUGGAGUCUCGGGAUCUGGAUCUUCUCAGCAAGGUCAUGGUGUCGAUCCUACAACACCUAGUUAAAAACAUUUAUAUUU